AUGAUAGUAUCGGGUAAAAAUAAUGAUGUGGCAUGGGGAAAUCAAAUAGGCUACAUCCUCCUUCCAUUUCAAUUAGCGGUACACGAUGAUCCACUUGCAUAUGUUCGGAAGGCAAAGAAGACCCUGGAUAGAAAAAAGAGCUCACUUGAAGUUAUCUUCACGUGUAAGAUUAGCGAGCUUUUUGUGAAAAUGUUUGGCCUGAAGGCAGGUGCUUUUAUCAUCGGCCGUAUGCUCACAAAUACAACUACUACGUUCUCGAACAUGGUUGGACCAACAGAGCAAGUAGAGUUCUAUGGUUACCAUUUCUUUUUGCAGGCUUUAAUUGUACACUAUCAGAGUUACAAUGGCACUAUUAAGGUAAUUCUGUCAGUCGAUGAGGAAAUAAUUCCAAAUUAUACUCAACUUCUGGAUGACUUUGUCGAGUCUUUCAGGCACAUUAAGGAUGCGGCUUCAAGGCUUUCAAAACAUGUCAAGAAGGGAUAA